AUGAGCGAUAGCAAGAUCUCACUGUCGCUCGGCGCGAAGCGCAAGGCGCCUCCAUCAUCAACAAAUGGUCACAAACGACCACGUGCGACCCUGAACGAGGACGACGAUGAUGGCGUGGAACUCGGCCGGGUAGAAAAAGUUUCACACUUCGAUAAGAGCGCUGGCGGAGCUGUGGAUGAGAGUCGCAAAAAGGAAGAGGCCGGACCUCUUAUCAUACCCAGAAUCUCAAACCGCGACUGGAAAGAAGCAGCCAACAAGCGGAAAAGGCAGAAGAGUGGGUUGCCUGGAGAUGCGCCUGGACAGGAUGCCAAUAUGGCUCAGAAGAUGCGAGACGUGGAGGCAGCGGAUCAGGCAAAGAAGCCGAAGUUUGGACUGAAUACGUUUAAGAACGCUAGAGAGAAUGGAGAUGAGGAGGGUCAAGCGAAUGGCGAUACGCCGGAACAGGCAGAGUCCUCAGCUCGAGCAGAGGACGCACAAGAAGAGACGCCACGGCAGAAGACGGACGAUGAGCUGGCUAUGGAUGCAUUACUUGGGAAGACGACCACGGACAAGAGCCUUACGAUUGCGCAUGUGGAAGACACGAUGACUGAGGGCGAUGCUUUCCAGCACGACUACACCGAAGCUCCAGAACUCCCCAGCCUAGACGACUAUGCACGAGUACCAGUUGAGCAAUUUGGAGCUGCUAUGCUGCGAGGUAUGGGCUGGAAAGACGGCGAAGGCAUUGGCAGCCAGAAAGGCAAGAAGCUAGUCAAAGAUACUGGCAAGCUGCCAGAGAGGAGAGCGAAUCUGCUCGGUAUCGGUGCGAAAGAGGACAAAUCGCUUGCGUCAGAGAUGGGAGCAUGGGGCAGGGCUGCGAAAGGUGGGAAGGAAGUGAAGAUCUACAAUCCAAUCCUCUUGAGGGACAAGAAGACGGGAGAGAUGUUCACGGAGGAGGAGCUGCAAAAGAAGCGCGAGAAGGACGAGCGUGCGAAGUAUGAAGAGGAGUUUGAGAGGAAGGAGCGAGAGAAGCGGAGGAAGGACGGCGAUACACGAGAUCGCAGGCGCGAGCGUGACAGGGAUCAUGAUGAAAGUCGCCGGAGUGACAAGCAUAGAGAUCGCCGGCGGCAUGACGAAGACGAUGAGAGUGAAGAGGAGUAUCGUCGGAGGAAGGAGAAGGAGCGACGAAGGAGGAAGGAGCGGGAGAUGGAUGAGCGUGAUGACGAUCAUGACAGGGAGCUUCCGCGAAGGCAUAGGGAUCGUGACGACAGAUAUCGCGAUAGCGACAGGGAUGGACGACGAGACCGCAGCCGUGAUAGAGAUCGCAGGAGAUGA